AUGCAGUCCCAAAAUAAUAAUAAUUCUCAACAAACAACAUAUAAUACUCGUACACGCAUGGCAUCAUCUGAUUCUUGGUCACCAUUAAAAAAUUUACCAACUAUUUUAAUGGCACGUACAUCAUUUAAAGUAAAUGAAGAUCAUUUACUAAAUUUAGCAAUAAAAGCACGAUUAGAAAAUCGUGAAUGUGGAUAUUUAUCAAGACGUGGUGGAUCUGAUCCAUCAUCAUCACCAAAUAAAUGGCAAUUAAAGUGGUUUGUUUUAUAUCAAAAUUUACUUUUUUAUUAUGAUAAUGUUAAUUCAUCUAAACCACAAGGUGUUUAUUUUCUUGAAAGUUGUUAUGCAUCAAGAUCACCAGCCAAAAAUAGUAAAGAUGGAGAAAAAUUAAAUUGUUUUUCAAUAUCUUAUGUACGUGAUGGUCGAAAUGCAACUGAAUUUGCUGCUGAAUCAGAAACUGAUUGUCAAGUAUGGAUUGAAUGUAUACAAACAUGCAGUUAUAAUCGAUUAGUAUCAUUAAAAGAAGAACUUGAAAAAAAAUAUCUUCAUUUAUCACAAGUUUAUGAAAGUGAAGCUAAAACAAAAUAUCAAUAUUUACAACAAGUUGAAGAACUUUCAACUGAAGUUCGAGAAUUACGUCGUGAAUUAUCUCGUUAUCGUCGUCAACAUCAUCUUUUACGUACAAAAAGUAUAGCUGAAGAAGAUUCAAACGAAUUACGUAAAAUAAAAAAAGUUCAAAGUCUUUGUCGUGGUUGGUUAUAUCGACAAAGAUGGAAACGUAUUGUUGAAGAAUAUAUACGUUCUCCACAUGCUGAAAUGAUGCGUAAACGUAAUAAUAUUGUAUUUAAUUUGGUUGAAAGUGAACGAGAAUAUGUUCAUCAAUUAGAAAUUCUUGUUGCAAAUUAUGUUCGACCGUUUCGAAUGGCUGCAAGUUCAAAAAAACCAUCAAUUACACAUGAAGAUGUUAAUUCAAUAUUUUUGAAUAGUGAAAUAAUUCUUUUUCUUCAUCAAAUUUUUUAUAAAGGAUUAUCAAAAAAGUUAGAACAAUGGCCAACAUUUUAUACCGGUGAUUUAUUUGAUAUGUUUAUAUCGAUGUUACAUAUUUAUUUAGAAUAUGUUCGAAAUCAUCAUUAUAGUUUACAAAAUUUAGUCGAAUGUAAAUUAAGUAAUCCAGAUUUUAAUAAAUUUCUUGAACGAUGCGAACAAAAAGCAGCAUGUGAAGGAUUAACACUUGAAACACUAUUAGUUUUACCUAUGAAUCGAAUUCCUUAUUAUAUAAUAACACUUGCAAAUUGUUUAUCACAUACACCACAUGCACACGUUGAACGAGAACAACUUGAACAAGCAAAAAAUAAACUUGAAGAACUUUCAAAAAUUAUGCAUGAUGAAGUAUCAGAAACAGAACAUAUAAGAGCUAAUUUAGCUAUUGAACGAUCAAUUGCUGAAGGAUGUGAUGUAUUAUUAGAUGUUAAUCAAGUACUUUGUCGACAAGGUGGUCUUGUAUUAUGGACUGGUGAUAGAAAUAAACAAGUUUUUAAUCAACGAUUAUCUGCAAAAGAAAUACGUCGAAAUGAAAUGGUUGUUCAAUGUUAUCUUUUUACAAAUCAUGUUGUUAUAACAACACGAGCUUCAAAUGGAAAAUUACAUCUUGUUAAAGGUUGUGGUGUUAUUCCAUUAGUUGAUGUAACACUUGUUGAUGAUAUAAAUACUGAUCCACAAUGUUUCUUACCAUCAGUUACAGAAGAAGAUACAAGUGAUGAUACAAAUUCUAAUAUAACAGAUAAUAAAAAUGUUGAAUUGGAUGCUUAUAUAAAUCGUUUAUUUCGUUUAAUUGUUGAACCACGUGAUCAACCAUCUUAUUCGACAACACUUGUUGCUAAUGAUGAAAAUCAUAAAUCAGAAUGGUGUAGUGAUAUAGCACAAUGUUUACAAAAUCUUCGUUAUACAAAUUUACUUUCAGGAACAUUUCGUAAUCAAUCAUCUGUUAUUGCUCCUGAAUCUGUCAAAUUUGAUGCGAAAUUAUAUAAAGAUGAUUCAGAAAUAAAAUAUUCUAAAACACUUGAUUCAUGUAAAAUACCACAGAUUCGUCAUGCAACAGUUGAACGUUUACAUGAACGUUUAACAGAUUUACGUUUUUUAUCAAUUGAUUUUUUAAAUACAUUUCUAUUAACAUAUAGACUUUAUACUGAUGCUUAUUCAGUUAUGGAUACAUUAAUAAGACUCUAUAAAUCAUCACCACAUACAUCACUUGAUCAUACAAAUGAAAUAGAUGGAACAAAUAUACAAAAAUCAGAUGAACAAAAUAAAGGGAAACAAAUUAAAAUAAAUGAAAAUGAGAAUGAAUUAACACGACGAAUAUCAACAGUUCUUGACAUAUCCAAUACACAAAGUAAAGAACAAGAACGUGAUUUAAGGAGACAUUCACAUACGGGCACAUUUCGUCGAGGAUUAAGUAUUGAACAAAAUGAAACAACAACAAUAACAACAACAACAACAACAACACUUCAGAAAAUUGUUGACAAAAAAUGUUCAAUAAAACCGCAUGACACAAUUGUUAUACUUCCAUCAAUUCCAUCCAUGGAUGUUGAUGAACUAAAUGAUACAUCACAUCGUCCAUUAGCACCACUUGCAUCAUCAGAAACAUUUUCUGAUGUUGAUGCAUUAAGUCGUGAUAGUCAACAACAACAAGAUCUUAAAAUAUCAUCAAUAAAUAAUGAAGAAUCAAAUAUUAAAACACCCAAAAGUGAUUUUGAUUCAUUAGAAAAACUCUUUGAUUUUCCAUCAUCGGACAUAUCCAGUGAAGCUCGCUUAGAUAUUGAACGUUCAUCACAACAAAGUACAACACGUAUACGUUUUUCUGAUACUGAUCAAAUAAUUCCUACACAUAAAGAAGAAGAAAAAAAUUUAGACAUUAACAAAAGUGAUAGCCUAACAAUACAACAACGACCAAGAAUUGAUUCAAGUAUAACAACAAAUAAUAUGCCAGCAAAUCAAACAACAUCACAAAAUGUUAUUUGGCUUUCUAAACGUUUAAGUGAAGUUCUUGCAUCACCACGUCAAAGUAUACGUAAUGCAGCUGAAAGUUCAUUUAAAAAAGUCUUACCUGGUGUUGUUGUAACAUCAUCACGAUCAUCUCGUCGUCGUAUAAGUUCAGUUGCUGCAACACAAGCAUUUGCUGUUGCUAUAUCAGGUGAAUCCCCUAAAGUUCUACGAAAUGAAAGAUUAGGUAGUACUCCAGGUAGUAGUUUAGCAUCUCCGCAAUCAAUAACAAGUACUAAUCCUCUUCUAUCAACUUCAAAAGAACAAAAAACUAAUGAAUCUACGAUUGUUAAUACAGCUGCAACAAUGAGAGUUUUAAAUAUUUUAAGACAUUGGCUUACAAAACAUCCUUUAGAUUUUCAUAGAAAUCCAAAAUUAAAAGAAAUGGUACUUGAACUUUUACAAGAUAUGUUAUUAAAUGGUCAUUUAAUUGCGGCUGAGCAUAAAGCAGCUGUUGGAAUUAUAAAACAAUUAGAAACCAAUGAAGCUGACGAAAAUAAUGAACAAUUACGUUUAAUUCUUAAUCCAACACAAGUUCCAAAUGCAACAUUUGAACAAAUAGCUGUUUCUGAUUUAGCUGAACAAAUGACAUUUAUCGAUCAUAAAUUAUUUUGUGCAUUAGAUAGCGAAGAAUUACUUUUACAAGGUUGGAUGAAAGCUGGUCGUGAUGAUUUAGCACCGAAUGUUGCACUUAUAUCUCGACGAUUUAAUGAAAUGUGUCGUCUUGUUAUAACAGAAAUUUUAUCACAACCAACGAUUAAUGGUCGUAUUCAAUGUAUUGAAAAAUGGGGUACUGUUGCUGAUAUAUGUCGUUAUUUAAGAAAUUUUAAUGGUGUUCUUCAAAUAAUGGCUGCUUUUGUUAAUAGUUCAAUUUAUCGUUUAAAACAAACAUGGGAUCGUACAUCAAAACAGAGUAAACAUGUUAUUAAUAAACUUCAAAUUCUUGUUCAUUCAGAUGGAAAAUUUAAAAAUUUACGUGAUACAUUAACAAAAGUUGAUCCACCAUGCAUACCUUAUCUUGGUUUAUAUUUAUCAGAUUUAACAUUUAUUGAAGAAAGUUCACAAGAUAUAUCAGAAAAAAAAUUAAUCAAUUUUUCAAAAAUGCGAAUGAAAACACAUAUCAUCAGUGAAGUACGUCGUUUUCAAUCAACACCAUUUAAAAUUAAACAUAAUCCACGUGUAUGUGCUUAUUUAUUAAAUUCAUCCCGAUUAUUAUCUGAAGAUCAAUGUUAUGGUCUUUCAUUACAAUUAGAACCUCGUGCAUCUCGUGCUGGAGUGGCAAAUCUCGGUGUUUAA